CUAGGCCUUAAUGAAACCUCAGAAAACAUUCUUCAGUCAUCCUGGGUUUGUUCUUGGACUACUCAUUCAGAAUUCUGUGUCCCUAAUAAGAAUCUCCAUAUUUUGGAAACAUUUACCAGCGAAAACACUGAUUUCUCAUCAUCUUUCAGUGAAACCUUCUUGGGUGGCCUUCAGAAGGGAACAGAGUAAACACCAGAAGGCAGCAUCCAAGACACCAUUAAGCAAUGAAUAUAGUUUGAAGGAAUUGUCAGGAACAGCAAAUUUGAUGACUGCAAGUGACUCAGAGGAGGCCCAGAAACCAAUGUCCCCUCCUGCAGAAGCAUGUGCCUUUGGAAAGCACACUAGACGAAAAUCAGAACUCAAGAGAAAGGAAAUGGAUGUGAAGAUGUACAACCUACAAGAAAGAAAGGACUGUGUGUACCAAGAGGUCACCGAGCCCCAGGAUGAUGACUACCUUUAUUGUGAGAAGUGUCAGAACUUCUUCAUCGACAGCUGUGCAGUACAUGGACCCCCUGCAUUUGUAAAGGACAGUGCAGUGGACGAGGGGCAUCCCCACCGCUCAGCCCUCACCCGGCCCGCUGGGUUGAGAAUUGGGCCAUCGGGCUUCCCUGAGGCUGGGCUUGGAGUGUGGAAUGAGGCAGCUGAUUUGCCAGUGGGUCUGCACUUUGGCACUUAUGCAGGACACAUCACAGAAGGUGAAGAGGUAGCCAAGAGCAAAAACUCCUGGCUGAUCGCCAAAGGGAGAAACUGCUAUGAGUAUGUGGAUGGAAAGGACAGGGUCUGGGCCAACUGGAUGAGGUAUGUGAACUGUGCCCGGGAUCAUGAAGAACAGAACCUGGUGGCCUUUCAGUACCACAGGCAGAUUUUCUACCGAACCUGCCGGGUUGUCAGGCCGGGCCGUGAGCUGCUGGUCUGGUGCGGGGAUGAGUAUGGCCAGGAGCUGGGCAGCAAGUGGGGCAGCAAGUGGAAGAGAGAGUUCGUGGCUGAGAGAGAACCAAAGCCAGAGGUGCACCCAUGUCCCUCCUGUUCUCUGGCCUUCUCCACUCAGGAAUUUCUCAGACAACACAUGAAACUCAAUCAUCCCUCUGAGAUUCUCCAGGGAACAUCGGCAAGAAAUCACCUCCAAGCAGAGCAACCCUAUCCAGAGGAUCAGAAUCAGCAGCAGCAACAUACUAGUACACACAGCUGGAAUGAUAAAGCUGAAGGACAAGAGGUCAAAGAAAGGUCCAAACCUUUGCUUAAAAGGAUCAAUCAGAGGGGAAUCUCAAAACCCUUUUUCCAACCUUCCAAAGAACAAAUGAGCUCUAGUGAGCACGAGAGAAUGAUGGAACAAGAGCCCCGGAGUGGCCAGAAAGAGAAUCCAGAGGACACAGGCAAGUUCUUUGUGGAAGUAGGAAUGUCAAAAAUUGUCACAAUCCAGCAUGGAGGGUGUUGGCAAGGCUUUAAUGAUGGAUCACAUCUCAUCACACAUCAGAGGACACACUCUGGGGAGAAGCCCUAUGUUUGCAGGGAGUGCGGGCGAGGCUUUACAUGCAAGUCAGAUCUCAUCAGACACCAGAGGACACACUCUGGGGAGAAGCCCUAUGUUUGCAGGGAGUGCGGGCGAGGCUUUACAUGCAAGUCACAUCUCAUCAGACACCAGAGGACACACUCUGGGGAGAAGCCCUAUGUUUGCAGGGAGUGUGGGAGAGGCUUUACACACAAGACAACUCUCAUCACACACCAGAGGACACACUCUGGGGAGAAGCCCUAUGUUUGCAGGGAGUGUGGGAGAGGCUUUACGCACAAGACAACUCUCAUCACACACCAGAGGAGACACUCUGGGGAGAAGCCCUAUGUUUGCAGGGAGUGUGGGCGAGGCUUUACACAGAAGUCAGUUCUCAUCAGACACCAGAGGACACACUCUGGGGAGAAGCCCUAUGUUUGCAGGGAGUGCGGGCGAGGCUUUACAUGCAAGACAAAUCUCAUCAGACACCAGAGGACACACUCUGGGGAGAAGCCCUAUGUUUGCAGGGAGUGCGGGCGAGGCUUUACACAGCAGUCACAUCUCAUCAGACACCAGAGGAGACACUCAGGGGAGAAGCCCCAUGUUUGCAGGUGGAGUGAGUGAGUCAUUAGCAUUAAGUCACAUAUCAGUAGCCAUAGGAAGUUCACAGCCCCUUAUUCUCCCCAAAAUUGUAAUUAGUAGAGAAGUAACUGGUUAAACAAACCUUCCAGUUUCAUUACAAGAGAUGAAAUGGACAAACAGUUCCAUAGUGAUAUGGGGAUGUCAGCACCAAACUCGUUCAUGGUUUCUUGACCUAUUCUAAAACGUUUUGUCUCCAUACACAUCUCUCAUUUUCCCCAUCAGUGAAAGCAGAGGAUUCCUAAAGAGCCACAAAGAACUCAUACUCUCAGCCACAGAAAUUCAACUCCUACAAAUGUGUAAAUGUGGAAUCAGUCUACUUUCGUUACUCCCAAAAGAGAGGGAUUUGAGACAGACUCACCCAGGAAGGUAAUUCCCCAGACUCCUGGAAAGGGCCUUUUCUCCUAAUCAGCUCCGUACUUCUCCUCCCUUGCCUUCUCUUGGCUCCUCUGGUUUCCUACAACCUCUGGAGCCUCAGAGGUAAAUGGCAGGGAGAGAUGGAUGCUUGUGCAUGGACGUGAGCCUGGCUGAAUCUGGGCACCUGUUCUUCCUCACUCCUUGCUGCCUUUUCAGGGUCAGCAUUUCCUGGUGCACAGCGCACAGAUUCCACACCAGUUGACAGUGGGUUUGAGUCUCAGCUCUGUCUUCUCCAGCUUUGUGACCUAAAGCAAGAUUCUCAACUUCUCUUUGCCUGCUUCCUAGACUGUGCAAUGGAAAUGGGAACUCCAGCCUUUUGGUUUGACAUUCAAAGUUGAGUCAGCUCAGACAGAAUCUGGCAAGAAGGUCACUGAGAUCACAAGUCCUGCUGAACAGCCUUCAGUGCCCAUGUCUUCCAGGUCUUUAGUGCUGGACAAAGGAUGAUAAGGACAGGGUAGGGGUCUGUAGCCAAAUUCAGAAUAUGAACAGACCCCACUGCUUUCCCCACAUAGACCCAGCUGCCCUGAGAAAGAGGCCUGAGGUGGGGGAUGUACUUCCCUCCCGGUAACCCCCUUCCCACUGACCCUGUGCACCUUCAGAGCCUCCUUAGCACAGGCAGGUGGUACUGAGAGUGACCUGUGAAACAAGACCCUUGGCUACCCCUUGCUGAGAACUGACACAGGCUGGAUACAGCAUCUGCCCCAACUGGUGUGUUAGGUGGGAUAGAUGGGAAGCCAAGGCAGGGAGGACGAGGAAGACAUGUGUCACCCACUAACUCAGGAGUCCUGAGCCUGGUCCAAGUCUAUCGCCAGAUGGUCCAACAACGUGUUGAAAUUCUAGGUAUCAUUUCCAGUAUGUGGCAGAGAAAGGCUUUGAAACUAUUCAUUUUAAGCCCUAGAGGAUGGGAGGGAGUCCACAGCACUCAAGGUAAAGAAGGACCCAUAAAACAAAUUUGGCUAAUUGCCUCUGGCCACAAUCUGUUUUAUGAGAGGGCCCCUAGUGCUUACAGAAAGCCCAUAGGUAACGUUGGGUAACUACCUCUACUUUAACUCUCCUGUUAUGUAUCUAUUUUACAAGAUGUCCAAGUGGGGUCUGAAUUGAGAUAAGGAUUCAGCUAACGACCCACACACAUAACUACAUUUGGGUAGUCCGUCCCCUUGGAAGCUGGCACUACUUUCACCCACCAACUAUAUAACUCCUCAGGACAAAGGGCCUGGUGCUCUUGCCACCCAAGCUCUUGCCUUUCACCCCCACCUCAGCAAGACCUGUCCUCUUCCAUGAGAAUGUGUCACUAAUAAACCCUGCUUGCAUGCUAAUACACUUGCUGAUCUGUAAUUCUUGACUGCAUUGGCAAGAAGAACUGAGUUUCUCCUGUGAUGGGCACCCAAUCUGCAUGUGGCAUUCAUGAAGCCCACGAGGCAGCAGCUACUAUAAUGCACUCUCCUUGUACCUGGGCCCCAUAGGGCUUCAUACAUCACUGACACCAUCUCAAAAUUAUUACUUAUUGUAUCUUUAAACUUUUGUUUGUGAAGUCCGAUGAUAUAAUGGACAUGCACAAUAUUGGUCAUUCCUGGCCACCCAUUCCCAGGUAAUGUCCACAGUGGCCCAAGAGCACAAAAUUUCCAUGGACCCAAUGGGUGGGAGUCCAGCGAGACUCAGGGUGAGAACAAGAUAAACAUCUACAUCUGCAUAAGCAAGGGUGGUAGCAGCUCCCAGAGGCCACACUUAGAACCAGAGCUGAGUUCAAUACAGAGAGAUGGUCAACAAUCAGGACCUCAUCAUAACCUCUCCGGCAUGAGGGAGACCUAAGCACGACCCACCCUGUUCCUGCUGGGGUGGGUUCACCAAAGAGGUACACCCACCCCCAUGACUUGGAACAGUGACCUUUGUGUCCUCCCAGUGCCAGGCUUGUGAAGAGUGUCUACAUAAACUACGUGGGUUGCAAUAAUAAAUAUCCACUAUUUUGUUUUUUAUGUUUUUAAAGGAA